AUGCGUCUGUCCCAGGAGAUUAUCAACCAAAUAGCCGAUUGCUUGGAAGCGUAUCCCAAUGGCUUCUUCGACGACAGGCCUGAUGAAUUCGAAUCUUACGAUGUGCCAAACAAACAUAGCCACAUUUUCGAAGAUCAGAAGCCUCGUAAGCUUUGGCCAUCAAGUCUUCCACCUUACGCGACAAUAAACCUGGCAUGGAAGCAGGCAAUUGAACGGAGAACUUUCGAGCAAAUUCACUUAAGGACCAACCAACUAGACCUCUUUGAUACCAUUCUAUGCCCAGGUCGCCGGCAGUUUUUGAAGCGGCUGAAUGUUACUAUCAUUCUGCCUUCAUACAGCUUAGAAGCAUGUGGAAAAUUCGAAACGAAAGCCGAUCAACACGCCAACAAUCAACACUUCACACAAGCAAUCGAGAAUCUCUUUGUAUCGUUAAAAACAUGGGAGAAAGAAUCGUCGACUAUCAAUUUGGGUCUCGAUAUUACCCAGAUAUGCUCUCUUUCAGAUCCAGGUGAAGCUCUUUCAAGACCCGGGCCAGAGCGGGCCUUCCUCAAGGAUUUGAGUUCAGAACCUCGAGAUCUACUGAGCAAUCGUUGGAGAUGGUCAACCAUCAGACUUCUUCAGGUAAGUAGUAUACCGAUCUUGAACUGUGUCGCUUCGGUCAACUUGGGAUGUGGAGGCCGGACUUUCGACGCCUCGAAUCUGGUGGAUAUCAGCUUGAAGCUACCGAGUUUGGAGAGCCUCAGUUGGGAGAUAAGCGAAACAAAUGAUAUGAAUGAUCCGCCAGCUAUUAGCCGUGCAAGAUUUGCAACGUGUCUUUCGAGCUGUACCUUCCCAAAGCUCAGGCAAGCGAAUUUGAACUUCCAAUACCAGGCGCCUGCAAACCACAAUGCAAAACCAGCCAAUUUGGUAGGGGAUCAAGAGUAUGACCCAGUCAGUACAGCAAUCUUUACUGCUUUCAGUCAAAGCCCAAAUCUCACAAGUUUAACGCUCAAAGGAACGUUCGAUGCAACUCUCUUGUAUUCACACACGAGUCAGAAUUUGGAUACCUCCAUCUCAAUCUGGCCCCGGUUGGAGAAGUUGGACAUUAAGCUGGAUCUGGCUUCACCAUCUGGUCAUUGGUACUUUAUUGAUGCUUCUGGUGACGACCCAGAAGACAUUUAUAGGGAACAAGCACAACCUGGAGGCCCAGAUGAUCAAUGGUACUCAGAUGACUCGGAGGAUUUAGAGGGAAAUCCCAGACAUCCUAUUUCUCGCGAGAACCCUGACGAAGCAUUUCGCUCGGUUCCAAAUUCGCGUCUGAACCCGUUACUAUUUGCUUUCGCAAAAGGAUUGCACUCAAUGCCAUCUUUAAAAAGCGCACGAUUGUCGGUGGGUCCAACAGAAAUUGUCGGUGGGUCCAACAGAACCUCAUCACGAUACUGGUGA